AUGGCAUCCUCUUCGUCGUCGGUGACGGCUUUGCCGACUACACCACCCUCCCCAACACCAAAGCCAGAUAUGGAGUCCCAGACUGAUUACAACACCACCAGCAACAGCAAUCAUGUCCCUCACUGGCGUCUCGUACUGUCCCCUUCUCACCUCACGCCCGCCAUAUUGUCCCACCCCUACCCGGGAGAUGGCACAGAAUCCUCUCCCUACAUCGUCGACUUCCUCCCAGGGAAAUCCGACCCCUUCAACCCCAUGACCUACCCCAACUACAAGAAAUGGAUCAUCACGUUACUGCAGGCCGUCGCAACCCUGGCAGUGGCCUUUGCUUCCACCGCCUAUUCAGGCGGCGUUUUUGAAAUCAUCAGAUACUUCCAAGUCACGCCAACAAUGGCCACCCUGGGCAUCUCUCUCUUCGUCUUUGGCUUCGCCAUCGCCGCCGGGGCAGACACAAUCGAAACCCUCGUCAUCCUCCGCUUCUUCGCCGGAGCCUUUGGCUCAUCACCACUCACCAACUCGGGCGGCGUAGUAGCAGACAUGUUUGACGUCAACGCCGGCGUCUUCGCAAUGGCUCCCUUCCUCGGGCCCUCCAUCGGCCCCAUCGUAGGCGGCUUCGUCGGCGAAUCUUUAGGGUGGCGCUGGAUCCAAGGCCUAACAGCAAUCUUCACCGGCACCCUCUGGCUCCUCUGCCUCCUCUACGUACCCGAAACUUACGCCCCCGUCCUCCUCCAAAAACGCGCGGCAGCCCUCACCUCCCACACAGGGAAAAUCUACAUCUCCAAAAUGGACCUCCUCGACCCCUCGACCAAGUCCCAAAAAAUAAAAACAACCCUCACCCGCCCCUGGGUCUUGCUCUUCAAAGAACCAAUCGUCCUCUUCACAUCAAUCUACCUCGCCAUCGUCUACGGAACCCUCUACCUCCUCUUCGCCGCCUUCCCCAUAGUCUACCAGCUCAACCGCGGCUGGUCCCCCGGCAUCGGCGGCCUAGCCUUUGUCGGCGUGGCCGUCGGUAUGGUUUUUGCCGUCACAUACGCCAUGAUCGACAACAAAACCCGUUUCAUGCCCCUCCUCUCCUCCGGCCUCGCAACCCCCGAGUCUCGACUCCCUCCCGCGAUCGUCGGGUCUAUCUUCCUCCCUGUCGGAUUGUUCUGGUUCGCGUGGACAAACGGCCCUGAAAUCCACUGGAUGGUCUCCAUCACUGCAUCCGCUUUUUUCGCCGCGGGGCUGGUGGCCGUGUUCUUGAGUUUGUUGACGUACAUGAUCGACAGCUACACCGUCUUUGCCGCCUCGGUCCUGGCCGCGAACUCGGUGUUGAGAAGUUUGUUUGGUGCGGCGUUUCCGCUGUUUACGACGUACAUGUACCAGGACCUGGGGAUCCACUGGGCGAGUACCGUCCCGGCGUUUCUCGCUUUGGCGUGCGUGCCUUUCCCCUUGUUGUUUUGGAAGUAUGGGGCGAGGAUCAGGAAGAGGUGCAAGUACGCGAGGGAGGCCGAGGAGAUUUUGGGACGGAUGAAGAUGAGUCAUGAGAGGAAGGAGAGCAGCGGCGAGGAGGGGAAGAUGGGAGGGGGUGUGUUGAGUGAGGAUGAGACGGUGAGAGGGGAAGAGACGGCCGGGGAGGAGGAAAAAGGGGUGAAGAUGUAA